GAACACCGAUGAGUUUUGUUUACGUAGCAACAGGCAGCGCAUAGCAACGGUGUUAUAAAAAUGGCACUGUUACUGCGGAUUUGGUUUAAUCAGAUGUAUAUUGAAUGCUUCCAGAUGGUUAUUACAGUGUGAUAACGGAUUAAAAGUAAUAGCGUGUAGCCUAAGUCAGCUGCCAUAUCUGGAAACCCGGAGAGAGCUAGCUAACGGUGACCAGGGCGAUCUCUUCUCUUAAAGAUGUCUUUUCGAGAGUCACCGCGUCCUUCUGAUGAAGAGGAGGCUUUCUACCUGCAGUGCAGAGCUGCGUACCUCGCUGUGUUCAGAUCUAGUUUGACAAAUAUCGCUUCCAAGCAGCAGUUAUGUCGUGUUCUCCAGCAAGCAGGAAGAAAUCCAUCCCAUGCCACUCUCAAUAAAUACUGGACCCCGAGAACGUCUAAACUGAACUUUGACGACUUCUGUGAGAUUCUCAAGUGUGAGAAAAAAACUGAAGAAACAGAACUGAUGAGAGCUUUCAAAAAGAUGGAUGUGAACGGUGAUGGCUACAUCACACACAGUGAACUGGAGAAGGCCCUCACCACUAGAGGAGAGAAAAUGACGGCUGAAGAGGUGAAUGCCAUUUUCUUAUUAGCUGACAUCAACAAGGACGGCAAACUGGACUACGCAGAGUUCUGCAGAUUGCUUGUGUCUACAGUAGAACAGUGUCAGAUGGCUGCUAUGGAGAGGCUCGAGGCAGACGCCAAGCUGAAGAGACAGAACUUUGGCAGUCAGUCGUACAGCCCUCCGAAGAGCUCCGUGUCGUCAGCGUCAGCAGCAGCAGCGCAAGUGGCAGCGACUCAGCCUCAGCCUCCAGAAGCAUCAGACGUGACACUCAAGAAAGACAGCAGAUCGUCCUCUCGUCCUUCCUCUGCUCGCAGCAGGCGGUCGUCUCUGUCGAACUCAAUCAUUAUGACUUCCAGCAGCACUAAGGCCAGCAAAAUACCAGAGCCUUCAGGCUUACAGGAGUGGCAUCACAGUUCUGUGAAAGGAUGUUUCUUCCUGGAGGAUGAUGGGAGUAUCAGCUCUCUGCAGUACCAGCUCCACGUCCCCCAGACAACCAACGUCUACCUGACUAUCCAACCGCUCAGCCUCAGCCACAGACCUGACAAGUGUUCAUCAUGGAUGACAGUGGAUACAGCUCUUUUUAUUAUGUCUGCUGGUGAAACCAAAGAAGACUCAACUCUACUGCAUUUCACUGAGUCGAAAGACAAAGAAAAGUAUGUUUGGAAAGGAGAACUGAAUGCUGGGACCUACUACCUGCUCCCCUUCACCAGCGGCUGCAGACUAAAGAAAAGGAGCAAAAAGAACCUUUCUAAUAAACCUGUGGAGCUUGUCUACAGGACUGACACUGGAGAACUAGACCUCACCAGAGAGCUCAGGGAGGCGCUGUCUGACAUCUUUGAGGUUAUAGACCUGGAUGGAAAUGGUUUGCUCAGUCUGGAGGAAUACAAUUUCUUUGAGCUGAGGACCAGCGGAGAGAAAUGUGACAAGGAUGCCUGGGCUGUCUGUAAAGAAAACUUUGAUAUGAGAAAGAACCAGCUGACACGGCAGGGCUUCAUGGAGUUGAACCUGAUGGAGGCCACAGAGAAAGAUGGAGACCCUGCAGACCUGUGGGUCACCCUGGAAGCCAUGGGCUACAACCGCAUGCUGGAGCUAGUAGAGGCCUGUCCAUUCCAGAUAGAUAUACACAGUGAAGGCACUCAGCUGUCCAUUCAGCCACUCAGCAUGGACUCAGGACCAAAGCUUCUGAACCAGGCUCUCCAAAAAUCCAUCACAUCCAGAACAGGGGCCAAAGCGCUGAGGGGACAAGACAAUGUUUUCAUCUACACCUACAGAGGAGAGCACAGGAUCUCCUCCCUCAUAGCCAACAAGGCCAACCAGAAAGUGACUGUGCACGUAAACAAUGAGCAGAGCAGGAACUGCAGCAGCAGUAGAGGCAUGAGUGUGUUUGCUGUAGAGGUGCCAGCCCGAACUAAGAUGGUGUGCCAACAUGUGCUGCCCAUCAAUGACAAACAGGACUGGACCUACAACUGUGUGGAGACCAUACUACCCUUCUAAUAAUGGUGUGCUCCUAUGAAAGAUUCAAAGCUCUUUACUUUUCCUUUUCCUGUAUCUUUACUAAAGAUCUUUCUGAUCUCUCCUGUAUCUUUACUAAAGAACUUUUAGAAACCCUGUGUUCAAAAUAUAGCUAUGCUUUUUGUAAAGCCUUCUCUGUCAGACCAUAACACCAGGAGCUGAGCCUCUGUGCUUUGUGCAGUUGAGGUGUUCAGAUUGAUGGCAGAGGUGGUCACAGCACUCAUAAGAUACCGAUGCUGAUGGUUAUUACUGCUUUUGUUGUGCCUUUGUAUGUGUGACACAUUUGGUUAAUGUACAGUUUUGUGUUAAAACUCCCUUAGCAUUAAUAAACAUUUUAUCUACACAGGUAGAGAUCAAAGGUUAAAGGUUUUAUUUAAUUUUAAAUGAUAAAUUCAUAUACUUUAUCAUUUAAAAUAAAGACUUAUUGUCAUGAUGAACUUAAUCAAUUUCAAGAAAAAACUUCUCUUAAGUCUUCUCAUGUGUCUGGUGCUGUGUUGUUACUUUAUUAUGUACUGCUCUGAUUAUUUAUCAUGAUUAUAUUUUAAAUUUAAAUUGGCCAUGUCAGAGAUUUUCCAGGCAGUUUUAGAUUUGUUUUGACAUCACAACUUUGUUAAAGGCUCUUUAACAAUUCUUUAACAACAACCUAAAAUCACAAUUAAAUGAAACAUUAUGAAUUUAAUUUUUUUUAUCAACUUUUUCAUGUCACAGUUGUCAUGUAAUCAUAAAGGCCAAAACAAAUGUGCUAACUUUUUUUCUUGUGUUUUCCUAUAUUUUACUUUGAAAGACAUUUCAUUGUUUUAUCACUUUUAUGUAAACAAAACUAGAUGUAAAUAAAAAAUCCAACCAAUAUUCCUGUCA